AUGUGGCAUGUUUCCUGCCUUGUGUCCUCGCGCUCAGGAUUGCGACUCAUGGGAUGUAGUAAAUGGAGAGCUGCGUUCAACUUUGGACACCUGAGGGUGCAGUCCAAGCUGUCCGUCUUCUUUACCAUGAUCAUUCUCUUCACUUACCUCUUUUACUGCCUCAACGGAUACUGUGACUCCUUACCCAGGCCAGUCUAUGAUCAACAAAGUCAUUUUCAAAAUAAGAUCCUGUUAAAUGAUGGAGCGUCGCCGGAGCAGGAGCUCGGCGCGUACAACAACGCGUCUCAGGUUGUCCGGGAACAGCUGUCGGACUUGUCGAACAGCGAUGCUCCGUCUAAUAACAUCUCUAUAGCGAAUAAUUUCGGGAGCAAAAAGUUUCCUCAGGCCAUCAUCAUCGGGGUGAAGAAAGGUGGGACUCGGGCUCUGCUGGAGUUCCUGCGCAUCCAUCCGGACGUGAGAGCCGUCGGAUCUGAGCCGCACUUCUUUGACCGCUUCUACGAUAAGGGACUGGACUGGUACAGGAACCUGAUGCCUCGUACUCUGGAGGGUCAGAUCACCAUGGAGAAGACCCCCAGUUACUUCAUCACCAAAGAAGCCCCUCGCCGCGUCUUCUCCAUGAGCCGCCACACCAAGCUCAUCGUGGUGGUGCGUGACCCCGUGACCCGGGCUGUGUCCGACUACACCCAGACUCUGUCCAAAUCGCCCGGGCUCCCGUCCUUCCAGAACCUGGCUUUCCGCAACACCACCACAGGCCUCAUCGACACAUCCUGGAGCGCCGUGCGCAUCGGCAUCUAUGCCAAACACCUCGAGAACUGGUUGCGCUACUUCCCCCUCUCACGCCUCCUUUUUGUCAGCGGCGAACGCCUCGUGACGGAUCCGGCGGGCGAGAUGGGCCGGGUCCAGGACUUCCUGGGACUCAAACGGGUGGUAACAGACAAGCACUUCUACUUCAACCAGACCAAAGGUUUCCCCUGCCUCAAGAAGCCCGAGGGGAGCAGCAGGCCGCGCUGCCUGGGGAAGUCCAAGGGCAGGCCCCAUCCCCAGAUCCCCUCUGAGGUCCUGCACAGGCUCAGAGACUUCUACAGACCCUUCAAUCUCAAGUUUUACCAAAUGACCGGCCACAACUUUGGCUGGGACUGAACGGCUACUCGCCAAAGCUCUUAAAAACUGUUAGUAGCAUUCUUGUUCAGCCAACUACCAAAACCAGACAGGGAUAUCUUGAAGUUAUUGAGUGUUACCAAAGUUUUACUGUGCGAAAAUAUGCCUUUUCUUCAAUUCUUAAGCUAUGAAAACUGACUAUGAAAACUUCUGCCUUGCUCCAGAUUUACAGCCAUGGUUGCAAAGUCUGCGAGAGCUUCUAUUCCUUGAGCCACUUUAGCAAGAGAUGCUGAAGAAAAGUUUGGCGUUGCAAUGUGACGACAUUUGCUGUCCGAAACACUUAACAGCACAGACUCUAUAUUGAAAAUAACUUCAGAAAGACGCCAACACUGCAAAGAGAUGUGCCUAAAGUUAAAACAAAUGGCAAAAUAGUAACGAGCUUCGACAACCUGGCAAAGCUACGAUAAACCAAAAGACAGUGGAGCUUUCGGAGAGACAGCGAGGAAAAAAGCAAAGGGUUUGAAUUAUGCACAAUCAGAAUAAAUUUAAAUGUGUAUUAUUGGGACAUAACUUCAUUCAGAAUCAUUUAAGUCCAAUCAGCAUUGUUAGUUCGCCUCUGUCAUGUUUUACAGUGUAUGCAGUUAAAGGAAAUUAUUUUUUUCUUAUGAUGCAAGCUCCUUCUCUGGACUGUCAUUAAUAACAAAUUAAAGAUGUAGCAGAGGCAGUAGGAUAUCUGCUACUGGUGAAAAAAGAUACCAUAAAUGUAAAACACAGUUCACUUUUUGCUGUAAAUUUGCUGUUAUUUAUGUCAAUAUAAUGCUUGUAUAAAGUGUUCUCUACAGACAACACCUGCAUCUGUGAUUGUUUUCUACUUCAUUUAAUCGACAUUCACCUCCACCAACGGUACUUACAUGCAACUGUAU